ACUGAAACACCCCCCCAAAUCACACCAACUCCUCCUCUGUUCUCUCUCUCUCUACUGUCUCUCUCUCUCAUUAAACCCUUCACCAACUGCACCGAAUCUUCUGUAUCCUUCUUCUCUCACGUGUAUUCUAGAGAGAGAAAGAGUUGUAGAGUGAGAAACCUAUAGUUGAAUUGUGAAAAAACAGGGGAAUAGCCAUGCCUCCAAGUGAAGAUCUUGAAAGCAGGGGAGCCAAAAACAGGGGAGGCAGCUACACAUCGUCUUCUGUGAUUGAAGAUUCGGAGACCCAAUGGACUUCAUGGCUUGUGCCCAUGUUUGUCGUGGCCAACGUUGCUGUUUUUGUCGUUGCCAUGUAUAUUAAUAAUUGCCCCAAGGAGAAUUCUAGGGUUCAAGGCAAGUGUGUGGCGGGGUUUCUUGGGAGGUUCUCGUUUCAGCCUCUGAAGGAGAAUCCUCUGUUUGGCCCUUCUUCCAAGACAUUGGAAAAGUUGGGAGCUCUUGAGUGGAAAAAAGUCGUCAGUGAGCAUCAAGGAUGGAGGCUUGUCACUUGCAUCUGGUUACAUGCUGGUGUCAUUCAUCUGCUUGUAAACAUGUUGAGCUUGGUCUUGAUUGGUAUUCGACUCGAACAGCAAUUUGGUUUUGUGCGGAUAGGAGUAAUUUACCUGUUGUCAGGAUUUGGAGGGAGUGUUCUUUCAUCUCUAUUUAUUCAAAAUAGCAUCUCUGUUGGGGCUUCUGGUGCUCUUUUUGGGCUUUUGGGAGCAAUGCUUUCAGAGCUUAUUACAAACCGGUCAAUUUUUCUUAGCAUUUUUUUUCCUUUCCUUAUGCUAUGUUUGGUUCUUGGAAAAUUUAAAGGAAAAUGCGAGAGAAAGGAAAUAGAGAGGAAGAAUAGAAGU